AAUUAUGUUGUUCAAAUCACAUAUUAAAUUCUAUAAUGCAUAUUGCUUUGUUUUACAAAGUUUUCAUUUGUUUCCAUUUAGACAUUUCUUAAAAUGAUUUAUGUACAUAUUUAGAGUAUGCUUUUGUGCCAAAAACUAAAACCAAAGUUUUUAGUUUUUUUUUUAUUUAUUUUUUUAUAAUAAAACAGAUUACUAGGAGUAAUUAUCUCAAGGAUCAACUCAGCAACCCUUAGACAUGUUUAAACAUGCCUAAAUAUACACCAUACAAUAGACACUUGUGAGGGGUGUGGUUCAUUUUUGUGUGAGUGUGCAGAAUUCAACUUAAAAGAUUUACAAGAUUCACAGACUAAUCAAACCAGCUGAAGACAGUAGAGGGCUUAUGACCUUACAGACGUCUUUCUAGAUUUCCUGAUAGUAUUGGCGACUUCAUUACUGCAGAAGCUGUUAAAAUGGAGAUGAUCGUAGAAUGCUGUCUUUAUUUUCUUUACGUUACACUCAUGGUUAUAAGUGUUGGGUUACUGCUAGUGCAUGUGGUAGAGGGCCGGUCCUUGAGGUGGUUAGUCUUAUUCAUGGUUUCUGGAGUGACGUUGAGUUGGUUUAUUCAUUCGAAUGUUUUUAAAGUGGGACUAGUGAGUGUGCUGUGUGGUUUGAUCCUCUAUGUAGGGAGAGAGGAGGCCACACUUCUUGCCCUGAACAGAGCGGUGCUCAUCACUGGUUGUGAUUCGGGUUUGGGUAAUGAUCUGGCCAGGUUUUUGGACCGUGCAGGGAUGAGGGUGUUUGCUGGGGUUCUGGAUGAAUUCAGUCCUGGAGCUCUAGAUCUCAAGAUUUCUUCAUCUUCAAACCUCACUGUUCUACAAUUAGAUGUUACAAACAGAAGUCAGAUUGCAAAAGCACAUCAGUACAUACAGAAACAAACUGCUGAAACAGGUCUUUGGGCACUGGUGAACAAUGCAGGAGUCCUGGGAUACGUGUGUGAUGGAGAAAUUCUUCCCAUUAAAACAUAUAAAAAAUACUUGAAUGUGAAUUUCAUUGGUAGCGUGGAGGUCACGCAAGUCUUUCUGCCUCUGAUACGACAAUCAAAAGGAAGAAUUAUCAGCAUAUCAAGUAUGGCAGGAGAAGUUCCUCUCCCUGGAUUUGCAGCAUAUGGAGCAUCUAAAGCAGCUCUGUUCAUGUACAGUGGAGCGAUCAGACAAGAACUCUCACGCUGGGGAGUCAAAGUCAUCGUCAUUCUACCUGGAGCUUUCAAAACAAAUAUUUUAGGCAGCAAAGAGCAGUGGAGUCAUGUACAGGAGGAGGUUAUCAGUGGUCUAUCUCAGGAUGUGACGGAAGCGUAUGGAGAAGAAUACAUCUGCUCAAUGCAGCAGCGACUAGUCAACAUGUCUUCAAAAUCCAGCUCAGACACAGGGCCGUUUCUGGAAGCUUUAAAGCAUGCGUUACUCUCCACAAAACCAAAAAAGUUCUAUUACCCAGGGGCCGCAGCAUGGGCUCUUCCGUUCCUCUACAGACACUGUCCCACCUCACUGUCUGACACUGUAUUCUCACGGAUCUUUAUGACUGGCAAAGUCCAACCAGCACAGCUCUGAAUUUGCUACUGUAUAUUUUGCAUCAGCCUUGUUUCCAGAAUUUACAAGUUUACCUCUGAGUCUGAUAAAAGACCUAAUUUGGCAGGUUGUUUGGCAUGGAGAUGCACUGGUAACACAAGCAAGACUGAAUUCUGGUUAGGGUGAUCAAAAAGUUGCAGUGUUCCUGAGAUCCUCUCUUAGCCCUUGUGCGACCUUCAGGACAUUUUUGUCUUUUCGAUCUUUUUUCUGUGUUAAUGCCAACAGCAAAAAUUUUACAAACGGUGCGUAUUUUGGGGGGAAUUUUGAUAUUUCAACCUCAGUUCCUAAAAUUAAUCUAUAAUACACUGUGUACACAAAAUAGUUACACUCAGGACCUUCAGGACAAAAAUGUCCCCAUUGAAACCCAUUAAGGCCAUGUGUCCACCAAAGCAUUUUUUCCUGAGGCCAGCAUAUUUUUCAUUUGUUUGCAAUGGGAGCGCCGCGUAUUUAAAAAAGCCAGCAGCAUAACGAGGAGCUGAGCGUCUAUACCACGCUGAGCAUUUUUUUCUGGUCGCUGAGAGUUGAAAAAUGUUGAACUUUGGGUAAAACGCAGCGCUCGUCACUGUCACUUUUUACCCAGCCGUCCAAUCACAGUGGAGGAGAGGCAGGAAAAAUACCACACCGACCAACCAUCACAUCUUACUUGUACAACGACUAAACAACAUUGUAGGAGAAGUUUGCUGGUCUCUGAGUAUCCAUGUCUGUACUAGAUGACAUUCCCGGACUACCACAAUAUUAAUAUGAAGAAAAAAAAAAAUGCUUCAGCCUUCCCUUCAUCCAUAGCAAGGGCCAGAGCAAGUACUCUUCCUUGUGCCAACAUUUUUACAUUCAGUACUUGUUGAUAACACAAACUAUCUUCGAAAUUAGGUACUUGCAAUACAUUACUUCCGCAGAUAUUCCAUAUCAUAGCAACCAAAGCGUCUCAGCUGAAAAAACGCUGCGCCUCCAAAGUGCUCUCAAGUGCUCCCAGCUGGACGUUUUCAGAAGAGCGCUUGGCAUUUUCAGCUGACAAAAAAAAAACUUUGGUGGACACAUGGCCUAAAACUGCAAUAUUUGAUCCCAGUGCCAUUAAAGCGUAAGCUCAUGAAUUCUAUGAUAUUAUGCUUUCAUUCCGGAGACCUGGCUUCAACAUUUAAAUUUUUUAUAUUUUCCACCAGAUGGCGCCAUUUUCCUCAUGUUUAGCCUAUGGAGCAAAUACAUGCUUUUUUCAUAUUUUCUGUUUGCUGUAUUAUAGAUCACUGCAGGACAAUUGAAUAAAUGAUGCAGAUAAAAUUGUGUGGGUGUGUUGGUAUGAAUAUCAGAGUGUGUUUUGUAUGUGUGUAUUGAGAAAUGUGUAUGUGUGAGUGUAAAAAACAACAGUGGCAUUAUGUAAACAAACUGGCAUUUAAAGGGUUAAAAUCCUGAAAAUGAAUGAAUAUUUGGUAGUUAUGAUCAGGACUGAUGUUGGUUAAAAAAAUUAACUAAUUGAAAGUGGAAAAUAAUAUUAAUAUAUAAUAUUAUUUAGGCUGUUUGUUGACAUGGACAUUUUUGUCCUCAAAGGACUUUCUUUUUUUUUUUUUUUUUUUU